AUGGCCGAAGACAAUGAAGAACUCAACAUCAGGCAGCCCGAGCAGACUGACCAGAACGAAGAAGCCACACCAGACCCCUCCGCCCCCCCAGAAAAGAAAGGCUCCAUGUUCUCCGCCCCCGGCAACUUCGGCAACUCCGCCGGCGAGAAGAUCCAAGGCACCCUGGGCAAAGUCGGAGGACCUGUGGGCAAAGGGCUAGAGACUAUAGCGGCUCCUGUGGGUGGAUUGAUUGAUCCCCUUGUGGGAGGGUUGUUUAGGGCGCCGGAGACCUUGAAGAAUGCGACGCAGGAGUCUGAGAAGGUAGAUCAGCAUAAUGAGGAGCUGGAGAAGCCGAUUGCGGGGCAGGAGCAGACGGGGGGUAAUCCUUUGGGGUUGAACUCCUGA